UUCGGCACACCGCUGGCUAUCUUCAAAAGCGCCUUAGUUGCAUUCGCGUCGAGUUAGUUGCGGUUUAAACGGCGAACGGUUCACAUCUAUCUAAAGUUUAUAUAUAAUUAAUAAGCAGAAAAGGAAGAUAUCCCUAAUUUGUAAGGACUUUGCACCUGGUAGCCUCAAGUGAUUGGUUUCCGAAUGUAUUUCAAGCCACAAGUUAAUCUCAAAAGCAAUAAAAUUCGGUCGCGUCGGUUCUAAGCAAAUAGUAUUUUGUGAUAUCACAGUGCCCAGAGUCGUCUGAUAAGUGAAUUAACUCGGGAUAAAAAGCCAACAGAGUGGAGGAAGUUCAUCAUCAUCACAAAGCACCGAACACAAUUCACGCUAUUUGUGGUUUAAAUCAACAACAACUUCCGCAUAACCACAUACAAAAGAUCCAAAAAUAUUCAAUAAAAGAGAAUCAUAGCCAAAAAAAAAAAAUAAAGUGGAAGCCAGUGAGCAACAAUUGGUAUAAAAACCAAAACAAUAACCUCAAAUUGAAUGAGCGUAAGCCAUAAUUAUGACCAAAUGAGCCAGCCCAAAACAACAGAAACAGCAACAGCUAAAACAACAAAACGGCCAAGGACCAACAACAAAAUGAGGGUUGUCAACAGCAGAUUAACAGAGUUAUCUCGGUUAACAGUCGUCUUGGCAAUGCUGCUGCUGCAGUUUGUGAGUCAUGCCAGUGGCUCGCAAACUGUAAACCAAACAGCGGAUGCAAAUACUGUUUGUCUGUACCACGAACACAACACCACUUACCACAAGGAUAUCGGAGCUGUGUGGUUUGCCUCUAACGAUCCUUGCCUGGUAUAUUCCUGUGCUGCAGGUGUGGCCAAGGAUCCACAGGCCCAUAUUGUUGUGAACCAGGUCGACUGCAAUGAGUUCUAUUGUGAAGUGGGUUCAGAGCUGCGUAGUGUCGAAGGCAGCUGUUGUGGGGAGUGUGUUAGGACCCACUGUCAACACAAUCAUACCCUUUAUGCAGUUGGGGAGUCCUGGCACAACGAUGCCGACUGCACCCUUAUCGAAUGCGGACGUUUGGACAAUGGCCAAAUCAUCAUGAACACCUACAAACGGAAUUGUCCCGAAUUGACCGAAGACUGUCCAGCUUCAAGAUUAGAGGAGCGAAACUGCUGUCCCUACUGCAGACCUCUGCAAACAGCAAGGAUUGAGGAACUCCAGGAUAAUGAAGAAGAGAAUACAGAUGACAUUUGGACAGCCGAAUGGUAUCGUAGGCAUCCCUGCAAUCGGGAUUGUCAAGUAGGAGCCGAACCCAUGACCUGUCACUAUACUUUUGUGGUGGAAUGGUAUCAGACCUUCUCGAAGGCCUGCUACGAUUGUCCAAGGAAUCUAACAGAUUGCUACCGGCCACAUUGCGUCAUGGGUGAUGGUCUAGAACGAAGUAUCACUGUGGUGAAUCGCAUGAUGCCUGGGCCAGCGAUUGAAGUCUGCGAGGGUGAUCAGAUUGUGGUGGAUGUGAAGAAUCAUCUGCUGGGCGAAAGCACCUCGAUACACUGGCACGGGCUGCAUCAGAAGAAGACACCCUAUAUGGAUGGUGUUCCACACAUCACCCAGUGUCCAAUCACUCCACAUGCAACCUUUAGAUAUUCUUUCCCAGCUGAUCUCUCCGGCACUCACUUCUGGCACUCGCACACUGGAAUGCAGAGAGGAGAUGGUGUCUUCGGUGCCUUAAUCAUCCGGAAACCAAAGGCAGUGGAACCUCAUGGAGGACUCUACGACUUUGAUCUCAGCGAACAUGUGAUGGUUGUCCAGGAUUGGAUUCAUGAUACGGGUGCAAGCAUAUUUUCCUAUCAUCAUCACUCUCGGGGUGAUAACAAGCCCCAUAACUUGCUUGUGAAUGGAAUUGGAAGAUACUAUAACCGCAUUUGGGCCGAAGCCAAGCAAGCUCAUCGCAGAGCUGAGGAGAGGACCUUAACACAACCAGUGGAACCCCUACCCAAAUCCCAAGUGGACUUUGUUCAAUCUCUGCCAAGACAAGCUCGUCUGGCUAAGACGAACACCACAAAACUCUUUCCCGUCCACUCCCGCCAGAAGAGAGGUAAUCUCAACGAGAUACCUUUGGAGCUAGUUCCUCAUCAGGUGUAUACAGUUAGAAGAGGCUUCCGUUACCGCUUCAGGAUCAUAAAUGCAGAGUAUCUUAACUGUCCGAUUGUGGUUUCGGUAGAUGGUCAUAACGUAACAGCAAUCAAUUCGGAUGGCUUUGAUAUCGAGGCCAUGGAUGUGGGUUCUAUAGUAACGUAUUCCGGCGAACGAUUUGAUUUUGUGCUGAAUGCCAAUCUUGAGGUGGGAAACUAUUGGAUUCGAUUGAAGGGUUUGAUGGACUGCAGCGAGGUCUUUACCUCCGCUUUUCAAGUGGCCAUCCUUCGUUAUGAGGGAGCUCCGGAUGAAGAGCCUACCGCAGAGCUUAGUUAUGGCCAUAAAGCCGAGGGCAUUGAACUGAAUGUGAUGAACCGAGGACCUGGAUAUCCGGAUACCAAAACCGUUGCCGAAAUGAGAGCUCUACCCAUCUAUGAUCAUGUAUCAGGCAUCGAUCAUGAUACCCUUAAACCAGAAGCGGACUACAAGUUCUUUAUUUACUAUGACUUCUAUACCAAGAACAACCCAGACUUCCACGACAAGGAUCUGUAUGCCAUGGACAUGGAGAUGACCCAGCAGAACCGUCUUUACACUCCCCAACUGAAUCACAUUACCCUAAAGUUCCCAUCGCUGGCAUUACUUCCCUCGAGGAGUCAGCUGAAGGAUUCGGACUUUUGUAAUGAAACAAGUUUAAUGGACCAAGGCAUCGACUGUCGCACAGAGUUCUGCAAGUGUCAUCAUGUUCUGCAGGUUCCUUUGGGUGCAGUUGUCGAAAUGAUAAUCGUGGAUGAGGGCUUCCAGUACUAUGCCAAUCAUCCCUUCCAUUUGCAUGGUAAUGCCUUUAGAGUCAUGGGAUUGGAGAGAUUGGGAGAGAAUGUGACCAUUGAAAUGAUCAAACAACUGGAUCAGUUCAAUUUACUCAAACGAAACCUGGACAAUCCACCCGUCAAGGACACAGUUACUAUUCCAGAUGGAGGCUAUACCAUCAUAAGAUUUGAAGCCUCCAAUCCUGGUUUUUGGCUCUUCCAUUGUCACAUCGAGUUCCAUGCCGAGAUUGGAAUGGCUCUGGUCUUCAAAGUAGGUAAUGACGAUCAAAUGGUCCCAGUGCCAGAGAAUUUCCCCACCUGCGGCGAUUAUAAUCCUGAUCUUAAGUCUGGGGGAAGUACUGAAGAUUCGGGAUCUAGCAAACCAUCAACAGUAACUCCCCCAAGUGCUGGAGGCCAUGGAUCUGGAUUAGAACCCACUUUCAUAACUCUGAUGAUAACCUUUAUGCUAGUGAAACUCUAUCAAUAAGAUGAGACCUUCGUAAGAGACCACAACCCAAACUUGCCAAGCGAAAUUCAGAGAUUAUUUAUUGACGACGAAGGAAGAAAAACCUGGAAAUCAAAUUGAUUUUGAUUGAUAUAGAAAAAUAUUUGUAAUCUAGCAUCUGUAUAUAUAUUCCAUAGCUCGCAUCGUUGUAGCCUAAACAUCUGUGAUUGUCUAAGAAAACGUUUAAAUAAGUAACUUCAACUUUUAAUAAAUACAAUUAUUAGUGUUUUUAUAAGA